UUUUCCUUUCUUGUCACAACAACACCCUUAUUCACAUUCACACCCGUCAUCUCUUUCAUUCCUCCUCAGGCUACACCCCCUUUUUCUUUUGUUGUCGUUGUUGACGGAGUCGCCGACUAAGCAGCAAAGGAUAAAAAUGUCUGCUGCUCCACCUUCGUCACCUCCCCUGAUCCCAAGCACCAAGCUGCUCACCCAGGAUUUCUUUCCCGGGGACCAUGCUACCUCCCAUGGCUGCCCACAUCUAAAGCCCUUCAAGAAGAACGGCGAGAUCCUCAGUAACUAUCAGAUCCUCGCCCGAUACAGUCUCCACUACAAGAACCGACAUGCCCUUGGUAUCCUUCCUCCGAAGGAUAAUAAGAAGCGACAGAAACAUUCCGAGGAUAACCAAUCGAACUCCAAACCGACGCGACAAUUACCAACACCAGCAUGUCUGACCUGUGAAACUGCUCUGGGAAGGAUCCAUGCAUGUCUACAGUGCGUAUACGUCGGUUGCUGGAAGGGUGAACACAUCCAACACCAUUCAAAGGAGACAGGACAUACCUUCUCCAUGGAGAUCAGCCGUUGCGGUCUGUACUGUAAUCAAUGCAAGGACUUUGUUUACGACCGCGACUUUGAGGGAAUCCACAAUGGCGAGAUCAUACGAAGCUCAGAGACCAUUUCCAUGAUGCAGGAACCAGGACAAAAGCGACCGCGAUAUGCCAAAUGGCAUGCUGGGACCAAAGAAGCUGCCGCGAUCAAGGCAGGCGCAAAAUUAAAGACUUGUCAGGGUCUCCGUGGUUUGCGCAACAUGGGUUCAACGUGUUUCAUGAAUGUGAUUCUCCAGUGCUUCAUACACAACCCUCUGCUGAGAAGCUACUUUCUGAGUGAUCAGCACAGCUCCAAGCGUUGCGAGGUCAACAACGACUGCAUGGGCUGCGAGAUGGAUCAAUUAUUUACUCAGUUCUACUCUGGUGCCAAGGUGCCUUAUGGACCAUGCAGCUUUCUUCACACUAUGUGGAUGUCAUCGUCGGACCUUGCAGGAUAUGCUCAGCAGGACGCACAUGAAUUUUUCAUCAGCGCUUUGAACCAGAUCCACGCAAAAUCGCCAAGCGCCAAGCUGCAUCACUGCAAUUGUGUGAUCCACAAGACCUUUGCUGGUGUGCUUCAGUCGGACGUGACCUGUCUCAAUUGCGCUAACGUGACAUCUGCGUUUGAUCCGAUCUUGGAUAUCUCUUUGGAUCUGCGGCCUACGAAGCGGAGCAAAUCUGCAGUCAACAAGGCACGCGGAGGAAACGAUGAGAGAAAUGACGGCCCAAACUCCUUGGCUGACUGUCUUGACAGAUACACUCAUCCGGAAAAGCUGGGCACAAAUGAGUAUAACUGCAGUAAAUGCGGUAAAACGGGUCAAGAAGCCACAAAGCAACUCUCUAUAAAGGUCAUCCCCCCCGUACUUAGCUUUCAAUUGAAGCGUUUUGAGCACUCCAUGGGUGCAUCAAAGAUUGAGACGAAAAUCAAGUUUCCUGCACAGCUGGAUAUGACUCAGUACACGACUUCGGCCCGCAGAUUGAAAAAGAACAAAUUAGCAGCGCAGCAGAAAAUGAAUGGCACAUCGGGCUCUGAGAACGGAUCGCCUUCGACACUAUCCUCGAUUUCAUCCGCAUCCUCUGUCAAUGCAAGCAUGGAGCCGAUCCCAACCUAUAUUUAUAACUUGUUUGCGGUGAUCAAUCAUCAAGGAAAAAUGGAUACCGGCCAUUACACGGCCUAUGCGAAGCACCGCGGCGAGUGGUUCUCGCUCGAUGACCACAAAGUGUCUCUGGCGACUCAGAAGGAAGUCCUAGACAGCAAAGCCUACAUGCUGUUCUAUGUCAAGCAAACACUGGACUACGAUUUUGUCAACGCGUCAAAGGAUUAAAUAUGGCCAUUUUAGUCUGUGUUCUUAAUAAAAGACAUACUAGAUUUUCUUUUUUUCA